UUGAGAUCACUUCCUUUCCGAAGUUGAUUCAGAGAGAGUUUGACGCUAGUAAGCAGGACACAAUGGUCAAAGCCUGGAAGUGUGGAGUAUCUAUGAGAUCACCCACGGUCCCCAAGGGGGUCGCAGAGGAGGGAUGUUACUGUAACGAGAGCCGAGGAGGCUGGGAUAUAUCAAGAACUGUACUUUUCAGACUAUCAGCUCGUUGUUCACAGUGGUCUGAUCAGAGAUGUCUGACAGCGCGGAGUCUCCCACAGAAACACAGAGAGAUGAGUCCUCCUCGCAGCAGAGCCCCGCGGACACGGGCGACACAGGAGCGUCGGAAGAGAAGAAAAAGAUUGACGUGCUCUUGAAGGCGGUGGGAGACACGCCCAUAAUGAAGACCAAAAAGUGGGCGGUGGAGAGAGGGAGGACCGUACAGUCGCUCGCCCAGUUCAUCUCCCGCUUUCUUAAACUCGAGCCCAGUGAGCAGCUGUUCAUUUAUGUCAAUCAGUCAUUCGCGCCAUCACCAGACCAAGAAGUGGGUGUGCUUUUUGAGUGUUUCGGCAGUGACGGAAAACUCGUUCUGCAUUACUGCAAGUCACAAGCCUGGGGAUGACCUUUCAACCUUUCCACGCUUUGUACAGAUGACUCGCCCCAUUCACACAUACAUACACACACACACACAUACGCCUUUAAAGGGGAAUUCCACCCAGUUUUCAAAAUUCCAUGUGUGAGGUGUAAUCAGAGAGAUUCAGAGGGUUUGGUGUGAAACGGUUCA